AUAACAGAGUGUGUGGAUAACCAUUCCAACUGUGUAAACUGGACAAGUUACUGCAGUUAUCACUCUUGGGUCCAGGCCAACUGUAAGAAAGCAUGUAAGCUCUGCUGAAGGUAUGUUGUCUAGUUGUAUCCAUGUGAAUGAUAAGCAGACAUUUCCUGUCGAUCUUAGUUUUUUGGUAAAGACUUAAGCGCAUAACGUAUAUCGUUUAUCGAGAUAUGUUUAUGUUGUAUACAAUAGACGGCCUAGUACUGGAUUCCGUACGCUAUGAAGUUAGAAUCGAACAAUCAAAAGCACACGUGUAACAUUUCAUACUUCAAAAAUCUAAAAUGUUAAAAUUGAAAAGAAACUCUUAACUUUGCAUCUGAUAAAAAAAACUUUCAAUACCCUUUCCCUUUGAUUUAUUUACAGAUUUGUUGUCACAAAAAGUAA